AUGGGCUCACCGCUUCAGCCGUUCUUUGCAAAAGUUUUUAUCGGCAAAGUUGAGAAAAAAAGACUACAAGAUACCAUUAAUGACCUCCUCUUCUACGGUUGGUACGUGGACGAUAUCUUCGGCCUGGUGGAUGGUAUCACCGAUACCGAGGACCUUGUGCAAAAGUUCAACAAUGCGCACCCCUCGCUAAAGUUCACUGCAGAGUCCGAGGCAGAUAACGAAAUUGCGUUUCUCGAUAUCCUUUUGCACAGGCAAGAGGAUGGAUCUGUCCAGCGCAGGGUGAUCCGAAAGAAAACCUGGACGGGACAAUACGUUAAUUUCCGCAGUUUUGCUCCCUAA